AUGUCUAGCGGUGGUGGGGAGGCGUCGACGCGGCCGCCGCCGCCGUCGUCGUCGCGCGGGACCACUCCCAGUGUCGGGGCUAACGUCACGGACAGCACACAAGGCAGCCUGUCCCCGGUGGAGCUGGAGGCAAUUGAGCAGCGCUUCGUGGAGGUGCUGCGUGCCCUCUCCGCCGAGCCACAGCUGGAGCCGUUCCGCAACGAGUACGAAAAGCUGCACCGCCUGCUCCUCAGCAGCCACGAUGGAGAGCAGCGCCUCCUCCGACAAGCGCGCGAGCUGCGCGACGAGCUAGACACGCACCACCAGCAGAUUACGACGGCAAUGGUGCUCUCGCAGGAGGACGAGGAGGCGAUUCGAGCUCUGCGGAGGGAAAUCGAGGCAGCGUGGGCGAAGGCGGAUACCGCGCACGAGCAAGAGCAGCGCAGUCGCGAGCUCUUGCACACCCUACGGCAGCAGGUCACCGAACUCGACGCGAUGGUCGAGAAGACAGCGGGGCUGUCGAUGGGGCAAGAAGCGUACUUGCGUGAUCUGCUCACCGUGAAGAAGGACCGCGAGGAGGAGGCGAUGCUGCUGCACGCGGCGUUGAAUCGGACAGAGGCAGAUCACCGGCAGGUGAGCGCGCAACUCGCUGCCGCCAAGCAGGCGCACGAGGCGGCCCAGCGCGAGCGAGAUGAGCAACGCCACGCCUAUCAGCACUUGCUCACCAGCCUCGAGGAGGAGCAGCGGGAGCGGGCGGCGAAGGAGGCGAGCGUGCGGCAGUACCGCGACACGACGGAGCUGUGCAUGCGCCGGCUCGACGAGCACGGCGUCGAGGUGGAGCGAGCCAUACGGGAGGAGAAGAAAGCCGCCAAGGAGGCGGAGGGCACGGCGCAGGAAAUCCAAGCCAUCGCCCGGCAGCUGCAGGAGCGGCAGGAGCGUUUUGCCGCCGAGGCAGCCCGACUCGCCGCUGCCGAGCGCGAGAACACCGUACUCACGCGCGAGCUACCGCAGCGGCAAGCUGCCCUGCGUGAACAGCAGGAUGAGCUGAAACGCGAGGAGAAGCAGCUGCACCUGCUGGAGAAGUCGGCGCGAGCGCAGCAGGCGGAGCUGGCCGCACUCGUCGAGAAGCGCGCGACGGCCGCCGCAGCGGUGCAAACUCGCGCCAACUCCGUCGAUGCCGCCCUGAACGAGCUGGCGGCAGAGGAGAAGGAGCGCGCGGUGCUGGAGGAGGUGGUCGCCAAGGCGAUGCAGCGCAAGACCAACAUGAUGCACACCAACACGGUCAAGGCCACGGCGAGUUCGAAGGUGGAGGGGCAGCGCGUCAUGGAGACUGGCAAGAGUCGGCGCCUCAACCAGCAGCUGGAGCUGCUGCGGACGGACAAUGAACGGAUGCGCAAGUCGAUUUACUAUGCCGAGCAGAACCACGAGAAGAACACGAAGGAGGCGCAGCAGGCGCUGCUGAGCUACCACCGCACCCUCGACUCCAUUCGCACUCGCCGCAGCGAGGCCAAGGCGGUGGAGGAGGAUAUCGCGCUCCAUCAGAAGAAGCUCAAGGCGCAGCAGGCACUGCUGAGCACCGUGACGGCGGAUCGCCAGAAGACGGAGAAGGCGUUGCGUGAAACAGAAGCGGAGCUGCUGCUGCUGCGCAACCGACACGGGAGCAAGCAGGAGGAGCUGGAGUCGGUGAAGACAGAGCUAAUCCAACAGGAGUCGGAUAUGUGCCAGCUGCACGGCCUCAGCCGGCAGCUGAACAAGGAUGUCGCCAACACGGAGCAGCGGCUGCGGUUCCUGCGGGAGGAUCAGCAGCAUGCCGAGAGCCGCGUCGAGGCGCUGCGCAGCGAGGCGCAGCAGCUUCGGCAGGUGAUUGCGCAGUACGAUCUGGAUGCGCGGCAGCAAGGUGCGCGGCUGAGAUACAUGAUGCACGAGCGCAACGCUAUUGCGACGCAGCUGCUGCUCCGCUCCGAGGAGCUCGAGCUGAUCCGCGAGAAGAUCCGCCUCGCCAAUGUGGCGCGGGUAUCUGGGACCACCAAGUACCAGCGAGCGAUGAAGCAGCUUCUGGAAUCACGCGACUUGCUUCUUGAGCAGCGGCUGCGCUGCCGCAUUGCCCUGGUGCGGCUCCGCUACCUCGACCGCCUCCACACCAAGGAGAUGCAUCAGGAGAAGCUGCUGUCACAGUCCCGCGCGCGGGUGCGGGCGCUGGCGGACGAACUCGGCACCAAGCACAACGUGCACUGCUGGCGGAGCAUGGAGAGCAACGCACCAGAGGUGCUGGAUGCCCUUGCGAAGGUGCAGCUCCUGCAGGCGAAGCUGCUCCGCAAGCAUGGCGAGUUGAAGGCAAAGACGGACCUGGUCGAAAACGAGGAACGUGCCUACCAGCAGCUGCGGCAGAAGCUCGCGCGGAUGCCGGGGCCGGAGGCCGUGGAGGAGCUCGCCCUCUGCGCCGAAAACAUGCAGCAGCACAAGGCGCGACUGCUGGGCAUGACGGACUCUCUGGCAGAGGCGGAGCAGGAGGCGGAAGCUCUGGAAGGGCACGUCGCGCAGCUUCAGGAUGAGCUUCAAGAGCUGAAGCUGCGCUACUACCAGGAGAAGACAAAAUACGCCGCGUUGCGGCAUGAGGAUAAGCUCAUAGCGCGCACCUGGGGUGCCGGUGGUGCCGGUGUCGGAGCGGCCAGGCAAGCGGGCAGCGGUGCGGGCUCUUCCGUAGGCGACGGCGGGGGAGCGGUGGUAGCGGCCGGCGCAUCGGCGCCUUCAGCAGAGCAGCGACGCAGCAACACCAAUGACAAGUCCCCGUCGGCUGGCGGACCAGCUUCUGCCGAUGUGGCACACAGGUCUGCCUCACAGCCGCAGCGGCCGCACCUCCAUGCAGGCGGCUCCGGCGUCGCUAGUACCAGUCACAACGACUCUGUCACGCCACGCAACGGCCGCCGGCGCGCGCCACUGGCCGAGGCGAUCCUGGACACGCUGACGGCAGGGCCGCCACAGCCGAACUUCCCGCUGCAGAGGCCCCCCCAUCAGCGGCAGUUUGUUGGUGGCGGCUUUUCUCUCACUCGAUGA